AUGAGAGCAACGCCAUCGCCAGUGCCUCGGGCAUUGGCGGCGGCACGGCCUCGUCGGGCCACAGCCAGCAGCGGAGCAGGAGGAGGCGGCGGAGGAGGUGGCGGCGGUGGCACUGUCAUGAGUGGCUUUUCCAGCAAUGGCAACCUGAAUGGAUCCCAUGUCUCAAGCAGCGGUGGAUCGUCCAGUGUGAGCAACAACCUCAACAUAGCCACGGCCACCUUGACAGCGACUCCGGCUCAUGCCAGUGCGGGAUUCGGGACAAUUGGAGGACUCAGUGUGGCCGGAAUGGGCGUGGGCGUUGGGGUGGGCGUGGGCGUGGGGGGUGGCAACUCGACGCUCAAUUCGCUGGUCGUGGGCAACCGCCUGAUGAACAGCAGCCUGCCCACGCUGCUCAAAUGA